AUGGAUCCAAUAAAGUAUAUCUUCGAAAAGCCUGUUGUUACUGGUAGAAUUGCCCGGUGGAAAAUGUUGUUAACCAAGUAUGAUAUUCAGUAUGUAACCCAGAAAGCAAUAAAAGGGAGUAUUAUAUCUGACUACCCUUCUCACCUACCUGUCAAAGGUUACCGACCGUUGAGGUUUGACUUUCCGGACGAAGACAUUAUGUUUAUCAGAGAUUUCACAAUGUCAGGCUUCGACGCAGGCCCUGAGGAAGGCCCCGAACCAGGAUCGCGAUGGACACUCGUGUUCGACGGUGCUUCCAAUGCUCGACGCCAUGGCAUAUGUGUUGUUAUCACUUCUCCAACCGGUUUCCACCUUCCGUUUACCGCUAGAUUAUGUUUUGACUGCACCAACAACAUGGCGGAAUAUGAAGCAUGUAUCUACGAUUUAGAGGCGGCAAUCGACUUAAGGAUCAAAAUUCUUGAGGUAUACGGUGAUUCGGCUCUGGUAAUCAGUCAGGUUAAAGGUGAUUGGGAGACUAGGGAUAGCAAGUUGAUACCCUACAAAGAGCAUAUCAGAAAAAUGAUACCCUACUUUGAUGAAAUCUCUUUUCACCAUAUUUCUAGGGAAGAAAAUCAGUUAGCAGAUGCUCUAGCCACGUUGGCAUCUAUGUUCAAAGUCAAAUGGAAGAAUGAAGCACCAUCCAUCCAUAUUGAUCACUUAGAUGAACCAACACAUUGUCUAGCAAUUGAGGUCGAUCCUGAUGAUAAGCCUUGGUUCCAUGACAUAAAGACAUGUCUGGAAAAACAGCAAUAUCCCGAGGGUAUAUCCAUCACUGAUAAGAAAGCUUUGAGAAGACUCUCUUCCAAGUUCUUCCUAAACGGUGAUGUGUUAUACAAGCGGAAUUAUGAUUCUGUAUUGCUCAGAUGCGUGGAUAGACACGAAGCUAGUACGAUCAUAAAAUCCAUACAUGAAGGCUGCGAGGGUGUACAUGCAAAGGGUCUUGCUAUGGCCAAGGAGAUCCUUCGGGUUGGGUAUUACUGGACGACAAUAGAGGUUGAUUGUUACAACUUUGUUAAAAGAUGUCACAAAUGCCAGAUAUAUGGUGACAAGAUCUUUGUAACACCAACUCCGUUGAAUGUUCUGACUUCUCCAUGGCCUUUUUCUAUGUGGGGCAUCGAUAUGAUUGGGAUGAUAGAUCCCAAAGCUUCCAAUGGGAAUUGA